UAACGAGUCAGCUGUCUUGAAAGUUAUCGCUCGAAAAAACUGCCGUGGUCAUGACCUCUAUUUUAGUUAUUGGAAGUGGGGGAAGAGAGCAUGCUUUGGCCUGGAAGUUAUCCCGAUCUAGUAGAGUUGAUCGAAUAUUUGUUGGUCCUGGUAAUCCUGGAGUAGAGUUAUUAGAAAAAUGCAAAAGAAUCGAUUUAAGAAUUGACUCUUUCAAGGAAAUUGCUUUUUUUUGUCAAAAAGAGAAUGUGUCAACCGUUGUUGUAGGACCAGAAGACCCUUUAGCAAAUGGAAUAUCAGAUUACUUACAUUCUCAGGGCAUUAAGUGCUUCGGUCCCACACUUGCUGCCUCUCGAAUCGAGUCCAGCAAGGCUUUCGCUAAGGAAUUUAUGACCAAAUAUAAUAUUCCGACAGCUGAAGGGAAGUGCUUUUCAGAUUUACAAUCUGCUAUGGAAUUUGUGAAUAAGUGGAAAAAGCAAGGCUUAGUUGUUAAGGCAAGCGGUUUAGCUGCUGGUAAAGGUGUCUAUGUUAACCAUACCAAAGUAGAAACUAUAGCUGCUUUAGAAACAAUCUUAAGGGAUAAGAAAUUUGGUAGUGCCGGUGAGAAUGUUAUUAUUGAAGAAUUGCUUGAAGGUGAAGAAGUUUCGUGUUUGGCUUUUUCCGACGGUGUGAAUGUUGUUUGUCUACCGACUGCUCAGGAUUAUAAAAGACUACAAGAUUGGGAUGUUGGACCAAACACCGGAGGAAUGGGAGCUUACUCUCCUUGUUCAUGGGUCACUAACACUGAUCUUGAAGAUAUUAAAACUCGAAUAAUUCAACCUACAAUUGAUGGUUUAAGAAAGGAAGGUUGCCCAUAUAUCGGUCUAUUAUAUGCCGGUAUUAUGAUGACUAGAGUAGGGCCUAUGGUCUUGGAAUUUAAUUGUAGAUUUGGUGAUCCUGAAGCUCAGGUUAUCUUACCGAAACUAGAGACAGAUUUAUACGAUAUUAUAGAAGCUUGCCUUGAGCAGAAAUUAAAUAAUAUUCAAUUAAGAGUAAAAGAUGGAUAUGCCGUUGCGACUGUCGCUGUUUCCAAAGGUUAUCCUAAUAAGUAUGAGAAAGGGAAAGAGAUAUGUGGUCUUGAUAGUAUUCCGUCUGAUGGUUUAGUUUUUCAUGCUGGAACAUCAAAGACAGAAAAUUCUAUCGUAACGAAUGGAGGGCGAGUUCUCUCUGUUGUUUGUCUAGAAAAUAAUUUAAAAUUGGCUUCUCAAAAAUCUCUCUCCUACUUACGUAAAUUAGAUUUUGAUGGGAUAUCAUUUAGAAACGAUAUUGGUCUAACAACAGUCAGAAAAAAAUUAUAUAAUUUAACAUACGAGAAGUCUGGCGUUGAUAUAAAUUUAGCAGAUGAGUUUAUUCAUAGAAUAAAACCUUUAGCAAAGAUGACGAAAAGAACUGGUACAGUCUCGGAUUUAGGACUUUUUGGAGGAGUAUUUGAUCCAAAAUUAGCUGGUUAUGACGACUCGCUAUUAGUAUCAGGUACUGAUGGAGUUGGAACCAAAUUAAAGAUUGCUCAGGAAGUUGGAAAAUUUGAUACGAUCGGCAUAGAUUUAGUUGCUAUGUGUGUUAAUGAUAUCAUAGCUCAUGGUGCUGAACCCUUAUUUUUUCUCGAUUACUUAGCCGUUGGUAAAUUGAAUUUGGAUGAAGAAUGUGCCCUUGUUAAAGGAAUAUCUGACGGAUGUUGCUUAUCUGGAUGCACCUUACUUGGUGGCGAGACGGCUGAGAUGCCGGGACUAUAUAAGGAAGGAGAUUUUGAUCUUGCGGGUUUCUCGGUUGGAGCUGUAAGAAGAGCAGAUUAUCUUCCAAGAAUCAAUGAUAUAAAGGAAGGUGACAUCCUUAUCGGAUUACCAUCAAACGGUGUUCAUAGCAACGGCUUUAGUCUUGUCAGGAAAAUCCUGAGUAUCGCUAAUAUGAAGUUUUCCACACCUUUUCCUUUGGAUGAGAAAAAGACUAUAGGAGAAGUUCUAUUAGAGCCAACAAGGAUUUAUGUAAAAGAUUUAUUACCUCUUAUUAGAGGGAAAUUAAUAAAAGCUUUUGCUCAUAUUACAGGAGGAGGUAUACCCGGAAAUUUAGUUCGAGUAUUACCAGAAAAUUUAGAUGCCUAUUUGAAUGCAAAUGAUUGGACUAUUCCUCCAAGUUUUGGUAUAUUAGCCGAAAUAGGUAAAAUUGAUCCAGUUGAAAUGUUAAAGACAUUUAAUUGUGGUUUAGGAGGAAUACUUGUUGUUGAGGAAAGCGAUGCUGAAAAAAUUGUUUCCAUCCUUAAGGAUGGAGGUUUACCGUCUACAAUUGUCGGAAAAAUUGCUAAAAAUGCAAUAGAAAGAGUACAUAUUGAGAAUUUUCCUGUACGAUUGAGAGGCUCUGCAAUGGGAUACUCCUAUAGAAGUAGAAUGAAAAAACAUGUAGCUGUUCUUAUUUCGGGCUCAGGGACUAAUUUACAAGCUUUAAUUAAUGAAUGCGCUAAACCAGGCAGUUCGGCUGAAAUUCGUGUUGUGAUUUCAAAUAAGCCAAAUGUUAAAGGCCUCCAAAGAGCCUUUGAUGCAGGUAUUCCAUCAAUUGUUGUUCAAAAUAGAAAAUAUUCAUCUAGGGAAAAGUUUGAUAAUGCUAUCAGUGAAAUUCUAGAAGAAUUUCAAAUUGAUACUAUAUGUCUGGCUGGAUUUAUGAGAAUUCUUUCGGGAGGAUUUGUUAAUAGAUGGAGAGGAAGAAUUUUAAAUGUUCAUCCAUCUUUAUUACCUUCUUUUAAGGGAGCUAAUGCUCAUAAAUUAGUCUUGUCCGCUGGUGUUCGAAUAUCAGGCUGUUCAGUUCAUUUCGUUGAAGAAGAAGUCGAUUCUGGAGCUAUUAUUUGUCAAGAAAGCGUUCCAGUCUAUUCGGAUGAUACGGAGGAGAGUUUAGCCGCUAGAGUAAAAGAAGUUGAACAUAGAGCUUUCCCAAAAGCCUUGCAGUUGGUUACUUCGGGAAAAGUUACUUUGGAUCUUGAAAAUAACAAAAUUAUAUGGAAAUAACGUUCCUAUUACUAUAAAGUAAUAAUUUCAAUACACUUUUAUAGGCCG